AUGACUGAACAAUUCAUCCACGACGUCGUCAUCAUCGGCGCCGGUCCUUGUGGCCUAGCCGUGGCCUCCCGGCUGUGCGAGCACUCGCCCUCGGCCCUCUUCACGGACGAGGAGCAUCAGCGGUAUCACUGGAUCCGCAAGUACGGCCGCCGUAUGCCCCUGAAGAACAGAAGGAACGGCAGUAUCAUCGAGAAGAGGACGCCGAGCCAGGGGCAGCGUUACUCGACGCUUGUGCUGGACGCCACGGGGGACGAGUGGCUGAACCGCUGGAACCGUCUCUUCAAGACCUUCGACAUCACUCACCUCCGCAGUCCCAUGUUCUUUCACGUCGACCCGAGCGAUCGCGAUGCCUUGCUCGCCAGGGCCCAUGAGCGAAACCAAGAGCAUGAGCUCCAAGAGCUGAGGGCCUGUGUCGGCAAGGAAAUCAGCAAACACCUGCGCAAGGCGAGGCUUAAGUCGCGAAACCCAAAACAGCAUGCCGUGGUAGAGGUAGACGAGCGAGACCGAAAGGACUACUUCACACCACCCACGACCCUCUUUGCCAAUCACUGCGAAUGCAUCGUCGACCGCUACGGCCUCCGCGAGGGUCUCAUCCAGAACGAGAAGGUUGAGGACAUUGAGUACCGCAUCAUGAAAGAAGUGGCCCCGGACACGAAGCUCUUCGCGGUCCGCACGAACAAGGGCAUCCACUACGCGAGGGCCGUCGUCCUCGCCGUCGGCCCGGCCAACGCGCCCACAAUCCCGCCCGUCCUGGGCCUCAACAGCGAGGCCUGCUCGUCGGCGACGCCCCCGCAGGUCUGCCACAGCAUGCAGAUCCAGACGUUCCCGGACCCGGUGGUGCAGGCCAAGAUGGCCGCGCGCAAGACGACAAACGUGCUCGUCGUGGGCGGCGGCCUCACGUCGGCGCAGCUUUCGGACCUCGCCAUCCGCCGGGGCGUGACUAAAGUCUGGCACCUCAUGCGGGGCCCUUGCAAGGUGAAGCCGUUUGACAUCGACCUCUCGUGGAUGGGCAAGUUCCGCAACGUCGAGCAGGCAUACUUUUGGUCGGCGGACUCGGACGAGGAGCGGCUGAAGCAGAUCCAGAGCGCGCGGGGCGGCGGCAGCAUCACGCCGCCGUACCAGAAGCGGCUGAAGCAGCACAUGGCGCGCGGGACGCUCGGGCUGCACACCAACACGAGGCUCGUCGAGGCGCACUACGACGCGGGGAAAAAGGUCUGGGACGUCAGGACGGAGCCGGCGGUGGAGGGGAUGCCGGGGAUGGACUACAUCUACUUCGCGACGGGGGUGCAGACGGACUACGCGAAGCUGCCGUACCUGCAGACGAUGCUGAGGGAGCACCCGAUCCACGGGCACGGGGGCAUACCGUGCAUCACGGACGACCUGAUGUGGUCGCAGGACGUCCCGCUGUUCGUCACGGGCCGCAUGGCUGCUCUCAGGUUGGGUCCCGGCGCGGCCAACCUCGCGGGGGCGCGAGCGGGUGCCGAGAGGGUCGCGUGGGCGAUCGAGGAUCUGCUACCGGAGCGGACGGGCGACUCGUUGGACGAUCCCGAGAUGAACGAGGAGAUGAGGUUUGUGACGGGCAGGGGGAACCGGUUCGACAGCUUAGUGGCGGCCGGGGGAGAAGACUGUUGA